AUGGUUGAUUGGCGAAGUUUCGCGGUCACCUUUUUGCUGCAUGCAUGGAUAGUCCCCAAAUUUGUUUGUAGCCAGCACAAAUGUCUCGGAGGAUUUGACAUUUAUUUCAUCUUAGACAGGUGAGCAAUUCGUAUUGAACGUCGAACGAUUCAACCAAAUUGGCAAGAAUCGUUCUUCGUUGCCCAUUUCUCACACAGUGCUAGUAACCAGGAGUAACUAUACCUAGUGUUGUCAGCACAAUAACGUGUAAAUUAUUAUCCAAAAAAAAAAAAUUGUCUGUGGUUAUUAAAAGCUGUGCCUGCUAAGCUGAAGCCUUCGAUCCCUUAAAGAGACAAGUUCAGUCUACCUGCUGAAGCUUCAAUUCUUGGUCUCAAGGCAGAAGUGAGCCAUAGGCAAUUAAGCGUAACUCGCUAGAAUUUUAAUGAAUGCCCACAAUUGUUCAAACAAACAUUUUGAGUGAGCACAGUGAAAAUGAAAAUUAACGAUCUGUCACAUUUUCGAUCAGUACAUAAAGAACACUCCUCUGCUAGAUAGAAUUGAUAAGAGAAAAAACAUACAGGGAUCGAGUUUUGAAAAUUUCGUUUUUCUAUCACGCACCACAAUCUUUACCAUUUCUCAUUACCCACUGCCGCCCCAUCCCCCCGCCCCCAACAUAAAAAGUUCCCAAAUCAUCCUAAGCCACCCCGUCACAGUCGCAAGUCAGGACUGAGAGAACAAGGCUACAAAGAAAGUCAGUUUUAAAGCUUUCGGGCAAUCUGCAGCUGGCAUGUACAUGUACAUGCCAAUAGUCAUUUUAACUAGCCCUAAAAUAGUUUUGACAAGCAGGAUUGGCUACAGCUCUUCUAUAAUUUGAAUCCCCCCAAAUAACUUAGCUUGCCUGCUGGACAAUUUAGGAACAGAAUUCACUCUCGUAAGAUCCAAAUAGCAAAAUCCCCUAGCCUUGGACUACCAGACUUGACUUUCUUUGCACACUGGUAAGGUGAGGUGUGAAAAUGAAAAUUAACGAUCUGUCACAUUUUCGAUCAGUACAUAAAGAACACUCCUCUGCUAGAUAGAAUUGAUAAGAGAAAAAACAUACAGGGAUCGAGUUUUGAAAAUUUCGUUUUUCUAUCACGCACCACAAUCUUUACCAUUUCUCAUUACCCCCUGCCGCCCCAUCCCCCCAACAUAAAAAGUUCCCAAAUCAUCCUAAGCCACCCCGUCACAGUCGCAAGUCAGUGGACUGAGAGAACAAGGCUACAAAGAAAGUCAGUUUUAAAGCUUUCGGGCAAUCUGCAGCUGGCAUGUACAUGUGCAUGCCAAUAGUCAUUUUAACUAGCCCUAAAAUAGUUUUGACAAGCAGGAUUGGCUACAGCUCUUCUAUAAUUUGAAUCCCCCCAAAUAACUUAGCUUGCCUGCUGGACAAUUUAGGAACAGAAUUCACUCUCGUAAGAUCCAAAUAGCAAAAUCCCCUAGCCUUGGACUACCAGACUUGACUUUCUUUGCACACUGGUAAGGUGUUUAUUCUACAGUGCAUGCACUUACAGCUGUAGGUCAAAUAGAGAUAUUGAUUUAUUAAUUUCCACUGUGGCUUGAGCAAUUUACACUACAUUCAUUGGCUAUAAUAUUUAUAUUGUAAGAAAGUCUUAGAUAAACCUACUUUUUUCACUUAGAUCUGGAAGUGUUUUGCUUGCUAAUUUCCAGCGGCAGACGGUUGACUUUGUGGAAGGGACAGUUGCAAAUUAUGCUGGGUAGGUGAAACAGCAGUGAAGUAAAAUGUACAAUUUUUGUUCUGGAAUGCUCAUUUUGUUUUAUUUUAUUAUACGUUAAUUUUUUCCUUAACAUCUUAAGCAUGUAGCAUGUAAUCUACAUCACAUUACUGCUAAGGGGAGUUCUCAGGAUUGCACAGAGGUAACAAAAUUGGAAUGAAAAUAUGGCUUUACAGUGCAACUACUGUAGCCGCAGCCACAUAGGCAAAGUUAACCAAUCGGAUUACAGGAAGAUAACAAUCCAUUUCAGGAAAGGUGGUCGUGGGCCAAUCAGCAGUUCUCAAAAAAAAAAAAGUUACUUGAAGCAGAGAGAUAAAAUACAGUUUUAAAUUAUUGAUAGCAAACAUUUGUCAAGAAAGCAAAAUGUUUCACUAUACGAUGUUUUUCUAUUCGAAACGUUACAUAUAAUGCCCACGAGACAUAUUUUUUUGACACAAGGUGUUACUUGGUCAUCUCCCAGCAAUUUCAUCGCUACCAUUGCCAUGCUUUGCAAUAACAUCCAAUCUCAAGUCAAGAGUGUAACUAGUGUUUAACCUUGUCACAAGCACUUCAAGAGAUUUUGCAGCCUCUAGCAGUUCACCCCUAGCGUUGAUAAUAGUAAGCCCUAAUGUUGGACGAAAUGGGACUACAUGUAUUAUGUGCUUUUUAAAAUUGAUGUGCACAAGGCAACAUCCUUAUUUUUACAUGUACCUGUUAAUGUGCGUUGUAUUUUAGAACUGGUGUGCGAGUGUCGUUUAUUAUAUUCUCAGAAG